AUGGCCGAGCCCGACUUUGACCUCGUCAUUGUUGGCUGCGGCGUCGGCGGCCACGGUGCGGCGCUGCACGCCGUGUCGCGCGGGCUCAAGGUGGCCGUGUGCGCGGGCGAGGACGUGGGCGGCACGUGCGUCAACCGCGGCUGCGUCCCGUCCAAGGCCCUCCUCGCCGCCUCUGGCCGCGUGCGCGACAUGCAGAACGACAAGCACCUCGCGGCGAUGGGCGUCAAGCUCGAGGGCGCCGUCACAUACGACCGGCAGGGCGUGGCCGACCACGCAAACAACCUGGCGAGCCGCGUGCAGGGCAACCUGCGAGGCUCGCUCACCGCCCUCGGCGUCACCGUCUUCGAGGAGAAGGGCUCCCUCGCCGGCCCUACCAGCAUCGAGCUUGUCGGCGCCGGGAAGACCAUCGAGGCGAAGAAUGUCAUCCUCGCGACGGGCUCGGUGCCCUUCGUGCCGCCCGGAGUGGAGACGGACGGCAAGACCGUCUUCACCUCGGACGAGGCGCUCAAGCUCGA